AUCAGCCGUACAACAACAACCGUUAGUCGCUCGGACGCGCCAAGCGAGCCAGUCAGUCAGUCAGUCAGUAGAGCUCCGGCCGGUUCGGUUCGCUCAAACGGCGUGUGUGUGCCGGCCCGAGUGUGCUAUUAGCAUUUGUGCAGCGUUCCCGUUAAAUAAGUGCGAAAUUGAGAGAAGCUAUUCACGAGCGCUUAUGUGCAGUGACAAUUGUUAAUAGGACGUAAUUUUCUUAACGAUUUCACCGCGUGGUUUCAUUUGACUGCUUCGUCACCCGGACCCGCAGCCACACCAUGCUAACGGAUCCCAAAUUGAGGUCCAGCCUCGGCCUGAUGGGCAACGAUGAAAAUGCCAUCAAGCAAGAACUGAUCGACCCACUGGAGACGACCGGCAAUGGCAACCAUCACCACAACCACCACCAUCACCACCACCACCUCCACCACUCCCAUCACCAUCAUCCGACGUUGGACGAGCGGCUGCGACUUGACGCGAAAGCUCUUCCACACACCGGUGAGCUGCCCGGUGAGCCACUGAACGGGCUCGCUGGACCGGCAAGCUGUCCCCGCACUGGGGCGCUGCUGUACGUCACCCAACCAACCCCCGUGCAGAACAAACAACCCCUGCAAGGAUUCGAUCAGAUCUGGGGUCCGUCGCGUUCCGAUAUGAACCAGCGGCUACACACGUCCGUCGGUGGGAUGAGCCAUUAUUGGCCACCGUACGACGGCCAGCCCAACGCCUGCCCAACGCCGACGACACCGGGCGAUCCGCCGCCAGAUGGAGCCGGCGCGGACGGGCAGAUUUACACGCUCACCGUGCUGCACGAAUCGCCCGAGCACGGCAUCGUCUGGUCGGACUCGAACGCACUCGAAUCGCCGGUCCCACUCGCGCCGGACAUCACCGAGCCGAACGCAUCGUACGAACCGACCGUCGAUUGCUUCCACUUUGACAGCACCAACUACGAUCUGGCCGACUAUUACGCCGCCAAGCCUGCAGUACAACCGCACCAUCAACAGCAGCAACCGUCGCAGCAGCAGACCAACGUGCCACUGAUGGGUUCCUCGUCGUCCUCCUCCUCCUCAGCACCAUCGCUCGGUGGCCAUCUGUCCCAUCAGCCCGCCACGGCCAUCAGCCUGCACAGCACGGUGGAAGGGCUGCUGAACGAGAUUCAACUUUCCAGCUUCGGCGAUCGCAACUCCAUAGUGACCGGUACGGCCGAAAUGGCGCUCCAAUCGUCCGGCCACAGCCUGUACAACGAGCCAUCGUCCUACCUGUACGAUGCGUUCUCCGUAACCGAUAGUUCCUCCGCGACACAUCAUCAUCCGGCCCUGUUGCCAUCGCUUGCCGAGUCGUCCAACGCGAUGACACCGCCAACGCCUACCGGCGACGGCAAGCUGGACACGAACAACAACAACAGCAGCGGCGGCAGCUGUCCCCUCGCCGAACUGAACCCGCUGCCAUCGAACCAGAGCAGUAGCUCGAGCUCGAGCUCCAGCAGCAGCAGCUCGAGCAGUGACUCAACGGCAACUGGUGGUGGUGGUGGUGGCGGUGGCGGCGGCGGCAGCGGUGGUGGAGGUGGAGGACAGAAGCGUGGACGCUCGCUGCACUACUGCUCGAUCUGCUCGAAAGCGUUCAAGGACAAAUACUCGGUCAAUGUGCACGUGCGGGUGCACACGGGCGAAAAGCCCUUCUCGUGCUAUCUCUGCGGCAAAAGCUUCCGGCAGAAGGCGCACCUCGAGAAGCACUACCAGACGCACCUGCACCAGAAGAACCUGACCAAGCGACCAAAACCGCUCAAGGUGAAACAAGAACCACAGCAGCAGCAGCAGCAGCAACAGCAGCAACCGAUCCAUCAGCCGCAACAACCGCAACUGCAACAGCAUCAGCUGUUGGAGCAGCAUCUUCAUCAGGAUCCAGAUCCGGGGCUGCUACUAGCUUCGGGGAAGUUGAUAGGGAAUUGUUGAUAUGUAAACGUCUUAGGACAGGGCCUCUAGGCAAUUGUUAAGGAAUGUAGAUGCGAUGUAAAAAGAUAGCUUAAGUCAAUCACCACACCCAUCCCCUCCCCCUACCCGAGGUGUGCUGGUCGAUGUGUACAGGAGGUAGAAGCGCACAGGAGAUAGGAGUACCGACGGAGCGAAAAGCGACUACGGCAGGCGACGAACCUAUACGUAAAUGUUUUCAUUAUUAUUUAUUGCCUCGAACAUUGAAACGAUUCCGAACCGAACGUAUUUGUUUGUUUUAAAU